AUGGCGUCGGCGGUGUUCAAGGCGAAGUGGGAAAAAAUCAUCACGCCCCUGGAUACCUGUGGCACGGUAAUCCUGCAGGGUGACCGCUUUGCGCGCAUCAGAGACAGCGAUAAGCCGCUGACAAAAGCGGUGAUGGACAACCACGCCGGCUGGUUUGAAGCGGUGAAAGAAUGGCCGGUGCUAAAGGAACUCGACAUUCAGGCGCAGUCUUCGGUUUUAUAUGACUGUGUGGCCGUUUAUCUGGCCUUCAGUCGUGCAUAUCUGCAUAUGGAAACGUUGCCGAUAGUCAUCACCAAUGACGGUAAAACACUGAUCGAUGAGGCAGGUGAGGAAACACAGUGUGCCACUGACUGGGUCGAUAAAGACGCCUUCCUGGAUCUGCUGACUGAACCGCUGAUUGCGGCAGAGCUUUGUGGUGUUUCGCUAGAAGUGGUGGGUGACAAACCGGUCAAUCUUGGGCGAUGGCUCUGGGACUAUGAUGCACGUGAACUGUCUGCGGCUGAACAGUCAGCAGAUAGUCCCUAUGCUCGCGCCAGCCAGCGCGGCUUUACCGGAACGUUGUAUAAGACAGAUGCUUUCCUUGCCAGCCAGCCUUUCGGCACGGUGCCGUGCGCCUUCAGUCCAGGUGGUGCGAUCGGGAUUUUUGAAUCCAACAGUAUUUUGCGCGCCGUUGUGCGUCAGUCCGAACAGCCACACGGCCUCUACGGGGUCGAUGGUUACAGUGCUUCCCGUGUGGACAGUUUUCUCGAUGCCAGUCUGGUGUUUUCCCGGGAAGCGCAGGUUUAUCUGCUGGCAAUGUCGGCUAUGCAGCCCGAAACCCAUGCGCGGAUGACCUCAGCGUACGAUUUUUAUCUGCAGGGUGUUGAGAAUGCGCUGCAACACACGUCUCACCUGGCCGAGGAUAAUCUUUCGAUAGCCGACAUCGCCUUCGUAUGCGACCUCGCGCAGUUUUUGCGUGAAGCACACUACAGCGACGCACUUGAGCAGGCCGGGUUUGCGUUGAUAAGUGCACAGGCAUUACAGAAGUACCCAGCUGCGCUGGCGCACAUGCUGACCUUGAGUGAAGCGCCGGCUUUUCGCAAACACAUGGGUACGAGCAAACAAGUGACCGAUAACAGCGAACAGAUCAAAUACUGGAAUGGCCAGGCUGGCGAUACCUGGGCUCGUGGGCAGGAACGGUUGGACAACAUGCUGCAGCCCUUGUCUGAUAUUGCCGUGUCUGCGGCGGCAGCUAAAGCGGGUGAACGUGUUAUCGAUGUAGGGUGCGGAUGCGGUGCAACCAGUCUUGCUCUGGCUGCCACGGGCGCGCAGGUUUGGGGUGUCGACAUCAGCGCGCCAAUGUUGGCCCGUGCCCGUGAGCGUGCAAAAGGCGUGGACAAUCUUGUUUUCAGUGAAGCCGAUGCGGCAGUAGCAGAGCUGACUCCGGACCAUCAACUGAUGUUUUCCCGCUUUGGGGUGAUGUUUUUUGCCGACCCGCUGGCUGCGUUCAAAAACCUGCACAGCGGAUUGUCUGCAGAUGGACGGAUGGUGUUCAUGUGCUGGCAGGCUGCUCAGGUCAACCCGUGGAUUACCAUUGCCGGACGCGCGAUACAGCCUUUCCUGACGCCAGCGGAACCCGUGGAUCCAAAAGCCCCGGGACCAUUUGCUUUUGCGGACAAAGACUAUUUGCAGGGUUUGCUGGUUGAUGCAGGGUUUGCGCAGAUUGAGAUAGAGCCUGUCUCUGCCAGUCUUCAUGUAGGUGAUGAUCUGGAGGCUGCCAUGCAUUCUCAGGGCGAAGUUGGGCCCGUUGCCCGUGCUCUGUCCGAAUUAUCGGGAGAUACGAAGGAGGCAGCGCUGCAGGCGGUACGGGAUGCUUUUGCGCCUCUCAUCACCGAAUCCGGAUUAGAUCUUGAAGGGGCUACCUGGCUGGCGCCCAUACCCAAAGCAGGCGAAGGCCAGGUAUUGGUACGCACGACGGCGUUUGCGAUUACUGCUGGCACUCGCGCAGGGUUACAAGGCAGUGCCAGCUAUGCCGGUGCGCCGACCACGGGUGUUGUGAUGAAUGCAACCGGGGUAGGAGAAGUGGUCGACAGCCGCGCGUCAGACAUCGCGGUGGGCACCAUGGUCAGUGCGCCCACGGGUUGGCAGCAAUACUCAGUGCAUGACGCCCAUGCGGUUGAAGUUAUACCCGCAGCCCAUGACCCCAUCGCCUAUUUAGGUCCGUUAGGUAUCAAUGGCCUGACCGCAUAUUUUGGACUGCUUGAAGUUGGCCAGCCGAAGCCAGGUGAAACCGUCCUUGUCUCUGCAGCGGCCGGAUCUGUAGGGCACCUCGUCGGACAGAUCGCCAAAAUCAAGCAGACCACAGUUGUGGGUGUCUGUGGCAGUGAAGAAAAAGGCGCUGUUCUGGUAGAUCAGCUUGGCUUUGAUGCAUCGGUAAACUACAAAGAACAGAAUUUUCGUGAUGCCCUGAAGGCGGCGACCCCAGCUGGGGUUGAUGUCUAUUUUGAUAACACGGGUGGGUUGAUCCUUGGCUCGGCCCUGUUCCGUAUGAAUACUUUUGGUCGUAUAGCCUGCUGUGGCGUGGUGUCGCAAUACGAUACCGACCGGCCGGAGCCAGGCCCGCGAGGCAUCCCUGGAUUGCUGGUGAACAAGCGUAUAAACAUGCGCGGUUUUCUGGUGUUCGAUUUUGCAGAUCAAUAUGCCACCGCUCGAGGGGUCCUGCAUGGAUGGCUUGCAGAUGGUUCGCUGAAAAGCCUGACCGAUGAGGUUUCCGGUCUGGCGGCUGCGCCUGAUGCGUUUGUUGACUUGUUAAGCGGUGGCAAUAUCGGUACACGUAUUGUGCGGGCGUUCUUCCAGGCGGAUGGUUCGCUACCCUGGUGGGCCGUAUCGGCGAGCAUCCUGGCGACACUGGUGAGUGCGGUAACCUUUAUCUCUGUACCGGCGGCGGUGUUUGCCCCCGGUGGUGAUCUAACUUAUUUCCAGGUCAUUGUGGGUCUGGCACUCGGUAAAAUCGCUGUAGGCAUGCUGCUGGCUAAGCCGUUCUAUGAAGCCAGACAAGCCAACAGCAGCUACGAAUACAUUGGUCAGCGAAUUGAUCCUGCGACAGGAGAGCUGUCGAUGUGCCUGGGUUUACUCCUGACCAUUAUUAAUUCCGGCGUCAAGCUCCUCACGGCCAGCCUGGUACUCGAUGUGAUCACAGGUUGGGGUUUGCCAGGCUGCGCUGGUUUUGUUGUCGUCGUGAGCAUUAUCUGGAGUGCGUUAGCAGGUAUCAAGACAGUCAUCUGGACAGACUUCCUGCUGUUUGUGUUGUUCAGCCUGGGCGCUGUAUUUGCGCUGGUGUUUGUGGCGUUCAACAUUGAGAUGUCGCUGUCUGAAGCGUUGCUGAGUCUUGAUGCGCAGGCAAAGCUGGUACUGUUUGAUUUCUCAACUGAUCCAGAACGCCGCUAUACGAUCUGGGCAGGUGUGAUUGGCGGCAUUGCGCUGAAUAUUGCCCAGGGCAGUACUCAGGGCACCUGGCAGCGGGUGCGUGCCUGCCGUAGCGUAGGUGAAGCGCAGAAGGCAUACAAUUUUGCGGCGCUGUUUUACGUUAUGCAUCUGGUUAUUCUGGCGCUGGGUCUGGCGCUGGUGGUUUUCUACGGUGAGCGCGGCUUACCCGAUGAGCUGGCACAGCAGCUGGCUACCUCACCCGACCGGAUAUUCCCCUACUUUAUAUUGUCAGAAAUACCUGUUGGGCUGUCGGGCCUGUUUAUUGCUGCAAUAUUUGCGGCUGCUAUUUCUACGCUUGAUUCAGCGCUUGCGGAAACAUCGGACCUGAGCAUCACACACUUUUACGCAAAGUAUUUUCGCCCCACAGCAAGCGAAGCCCACUACGUGGCUGCUUCGCGUGUACUGAUGUUGUUCUGGGGUGCGGUCUUCAUGGCGGUAUCACUGUUUUUUGCCCGUUACUCCGGCGAGGGUCUGCUGGAUCUGACAUUCAAACUGCCAAAUUAUGUCUACGGCGCCAUCUUUGGCGCCAUUGUUCUAGCGAGAUUCGGCAUUGGCCAGCUGGGUACGGUUGUAAUCGGUGCGUCUGCAGCAAUUCUGGCUGUGGUGUGGAUGAGCCAGCAAGGCAUUGCGUUUUUUUAUUGGUGCCCUGUGGCGGGCACGUUGAUGGUUGUGCUGGUCUGGGCGCUGGAUAAACGUUGGCCGAAAUCGGUAUCCAUGGAAGCUUAG